UCAAAGGUGACACGUGGAUGGCUUUAUAAAGAGCUGCCUGGCUUCUCACCAGAGCCGGCUUCUUGUGACAGUUCCAUACUUCUGCACUUACUGACAGGUUAACGUGCAGCUGGGAAGAUGACCAAGCUGGAAGACCACCUGGAGGGAAUCAUCAACAUCUUCCACCAGUACUCCGUUCGGACAGGGCAUUACGACACCCUCACCAAGUGUGAGCUGAAGAAGCUGAUAACAACCGAACUAGCAAACACCAUCAAGAACACCAAAGAUAGACCUGCUGUGGACCAGAUAUUCCGAGAUCUGGAUGAAGAUCGCGAUGGACAGGUGGACUUCAAUGAAUUCCUGUCCCUGUUGGCUUCUGUGUUGCUGACCACUCAUGACAAUAUCCACAAAGAGUAACCAGCUCCCUCAGGGCCCUUUCCCGAAGGGAACCCCAGGAGGGCCUUUUCUCCUUCUCCUCACCAAAGCCUGUCCUUGCUUGAGAGAUGGGUGAAUAAAAGCACUUAAGAAAAGUA